AAAAAAAUUCGUAAGAUUCACUUUCCAGUUUCAACCAAAGAAACUCCUCCAGAGAUCACUUUCUAGGGUUUCUCCGCCCCUUCAAUUUGUUCUCCAACCCUAUUCUCCAUUCCCCAAAUUCAAGCUUUGAUUCGGCGAAAGAUCGAUCGCUGAAUCCUUGAAGAAUCUCUUGCCGAUCCAUGGACGACGCCGACCUCGAUUUCUCCAACCCAGAGGUGAUCGAGAGCUUCCUCAAUGACUUCCCAAAGGACACCACCCAUCACCAUGCCUGCACUCACACCCACACCUGCAACCCUCCCGGCCCCGAUCUCUCCCACACCCACACUUGCUUCCAUGUCCACACCCAGAUCGUCCCAGCCGUCUCGUCCGACGACCCGGGCGUCGAAUCUGCCGAGAAGAGCUCCUCUAAGAAGCGCCCCUUUGGAAACCGUGAGGCUGUGCGCAAGUACCGCGAGAAGAAGAAGGCCCGUGCUGCCUCUCUGGAGGACGAGGUUGUCCAGCUGAGAACUCUCAAUCAACAGCUUAUGAGGAGGCUUCAAGGCCAGGCCGCCCUGGAAGCCGAGGUUCUCCGGCUUCGCUGCUUGCUUGUGGAUAUUAGAGGGAGGAUUGAAGGUGAAAUUGGCUCUUUUCCUUACCAGAAGCCUGUGGCGCCGGGGAACUUGAUGUCUGGUGCUCAUGUCUUGAAUUCCUGUGAAUUGAGGUGUGAUGAUCAAGUGCAUUGUUUGCAAGGGAAGCCGGGGGUCGAUAAUGGCGUUGUGAAUGGGCAGGGAUUUAGUGCUUGUGAGAUGGGGAGUGUUCAGUGCAUGGGCAACUUCAGCUCGGGAUCAGAGUUUUUGGGAUGUGGCCGUGGCUGUCCUGAUGCAAAUGAGGGCAAGGGGGCUGGAGCAGAGGGCUGAUUGUUUAUUAGACAUGAGCUGCUCUGACUUCAUCUGCUGAUUAACUAGGACUCGAGGAGUUCAACAGAGUUCAGCGGAGCUGCAUUCACGUUUCCCAUGAAUCUUUUUUUUUUUUUGUUUAUAUUUUCCCGGUGCUAGUUAACAAACUUGUUCCAAUUAAUUUUUUUAUAUUUUUUUUCCUAGUAUUUUGUUUGUGGGCAAGUAAUUAUUUAUUUUGGUGAUCUCACUUUGCAGACUGAAGUUGUGUACAGAAUGGACACUCUUAGUUAUCUUAUUUGCAGAAAUCAAGUGGUUUGAGAGUUUGUUGUUUUA